AUGACUCGGACUAUUCUCCGCCUGCUCGCCUCCUUGGCCCUCUCAACAGCGCUCUACGCUACCCCUUCCACAUCUCGUCUAUUGCCACCCAGCAAAGACCCCUUCUACGCCGUACCAGAUGAUGUCGAAAACUUCGCUUCUGGAACCAUCUUCAACCAUCGGCAGCCACCAGAUUUAAUUGCCGGCUUUGGUGUGCAGCCCGCCAACCUUGAAUCCAGUCACCAGAUUCUCUAUCGAACCACCGACGAUGAAGGCAAUGCUACUGCAACUGUUGUUACUGUUCUGAUUCCUGACAAGGCCGACUUCAACAAGGUCGUGUCUUAUCAGGUUGCCGAAAAUAGUGCCUCGGUUGACUGUGCCCCUUCAUAUGGUUUUCUGUUGUCGACGUCUGUAGACCCGCUCAUAGGCUCUAAAACCAUGCAGACCCAGCUACUUCUUCUUGAAGGCGCCCUUGCAGAGGGGUGGGUAGUCAUUGUGCCAGAUCACCAAGGCCCAAAUGGCGCCUACUUUACCAACAGGCUGGCAGGUCGUUCAGUUCUUGACGGAAUUCGGGCCACGCUCCAGUCAACUGCUUUCACUGGCAUUAGUAAAAGCGCCAGAGUUACAAUAUGGGGCUACUCUGCUGGGGCUUCCGUCACCCAAUGGGCCGCUGAGUUGCAACCAACCUACGCGCCCGAGCUAAAGAUAUUUGGAGCAGCAAUUGGUGGCGGUUGCAACAGCCUCGCCGUUCCAAUCUCCAGGGUCAACAACGGACGUGUCUCAGGCUUCAUACCUAUUGUGCUGGUAGGCUUAAGCGCCCAGUACACAGAGCUCAGAGAAUUGAUCAACAAGGAACUCAAGCCUGAGUUUAAAGGCGAGUUUUACAAGCCCCUACAUCAGUGCCUGAACGCCAAUCUAGCGUCUUUUGAAGACAAAGAUAUCACUACCUUUUUUGUCAAUUGGCCUCGCUUUAUCCAAAACCCCGUUCUCCUCAAGCUUCUCGGUACUUUGAACGACGGAAAAUCACUAUCUCAAAUCCCAUUGUUCUGGCACACAGCUACUCAUGACGAGGCACUCCCAAUCCAAGAUAUGGACGCCGCGGUAGCCGAGUACUGUGCUAGGGGUGGGACAGUCCGUUAUCGGAGGGAUACUGCGCCCAACCUUCGCCACACCAACUACGGGGUUGUCAGCACGCCCAUAGCAAUUGCUUGGCUGAAGGAGGUUUUGAACGGCAAGGCUCCGAAGCCUGGAUGUUCCACAGAAAUAGGCACUACAUCCGAGUUGGACGAAGAUUUUCUGAAGUUGUUCCCUAAGGAUAUCGCUGAUAUCCUAACUACAUCGGCUGGGAAGGUGGGCGGGGGUAUCUAA